AGGCAAACGGGCUUUUUCAUCUCAGCCAUACCCACGCUAUCCUCAGCUCCGUCUCUACGUAUACACUAUCUCCAACCAAUCUUCAUAGAUUAUCUUUUCCACGCAUUGAAACUCUGCUUUUAUCUCCUCUUCUUUUUCCUGAAAAUCUGCCUAGUUUUCUUUUUCCGUUUUGCUCUAUAUAUUACGAGGGAGAGUGACUGGAAUCGAGAGCGUUGAACGUGUUGAGCAGGGCCGUUUCAUAUCUUGUUAUUCCAUGCCGAUUGCCUCUGCACAUCACAUUGGGAUUCCUCUGUGUUUGAACAAAUUCGACAAUCUAUCUGUUCAUACAUCUGCACCAAAAUCAUUACAUGGAACAUUAUCACCAAGGAGCAAGAAUUCAAAGAGAGUUAAAUGAAGCCGAAGCGUCGUGCGAGAAUUGGAAAUCCUUGACUUCUACACUUGAUGAGCCGGAAACUAAUUCAUCCGGUGGCUUUGAGUGCAACAUCUGCCUUGACCUUGUGCAAGAUCCAGUCGUCACGUUCUGCGGGCACCUCUACUGUUGGCCCUGUAUAUACAAAUGGAUCAGUUGCCAAGACACCUCUCCUGAAAACCCCGAUCACCAGAAACCGCAGUGUCCCGUUUGCAAGACGGAGGUUUCACAAAAGACCUUAAUCCCACUCUAUGGUCGAGGCCAGACUCCAAACUCCCCUAAAGACGAAUGUUCACAUCUCAUACCACAACGACCUCCUAGUCCAAGAUGUGGGGGUGGCACAUUCUUGCCGAAUAUGACCAGCAACCGUAUAUCCCCUAUUCACCAACUUCAUCGUGGAAGCUACGCACAACCCUCUCCACCAUAUCAUGUGGGCAGCUACAUGGCUUCUCCCACACUCGGUGGCAGCACAACUCAUUUGGCAGACCCGAUGAUCGGGAUGUUCGGAGAAAUGGUUUAUGCUAGAAUAUUUGGGAAUUCGGAGACGACGAUGUACGCCUAUCCAAACUCAUAUCAUUUGGCAGGCAGCAGUAGUCCUCGGCUGAGAAGGUAUAUGAUGCAAACUGACAGAUCACUUAGCAGAGUCUGCUUCUUCCUUUGCUGUUGUGUAGUGCUAUGUCUUCUCCUCUUCUGAACAGUUGGUUUGCACUUCUAUUUUUGGUUUACUGUACACUUGUAAAGAUUCAGUGUACUAAUUGAGGUGUAAAACUCGGCUUCCUAUAAUAUGUAUAUAUAUAUAUAUAUAUGGUUGGUUUCAAUUUUAGCAUUUUUCGUCCAAAUAUUAUGUCGUAUUUGUAUAGUGAGAUCGUCGGGUUGUCCCCUAAGGGAUAUAAUAUAUAGGAUUUAAUUAUCUGA